UGUGAUAGGAUGAUGGAUGCGAUAUGAUGAGGACGAAGUGAAAGCCAGGUAAUUACCUUCAUGCGUACUCGCUAUCUCACGCAGUCUCAAGUAUACAACUGCAUAAUCGCACAUAUCAAUCGAAUCCGUGACCCUCAUCCCCUGCUAUACCAUCAUCCCUCAGCUAUCCACAUUUCCUGCCCUCCAUCUCCUCCGCUCCACCAAUCUCCCAAUUCCCCUCCUACCCAUUUCAACCCACAAGUUACAAUCCCUCCAACAUCUGCACCCUCACUCCCUAGUCUUAUCCCCUCACCCAACACACGCUCUCGCGCCUCAAGCCACCAUCCAAUAGCAUCGCCCAGAACCCUCCGACGGCACGCGGAGCGUUCCCGAUCGCGUGCAUGCCAUGCGCCUAGCACACCAACACACCUACCGACAUUGACAUGCACAUUAAAAUGUACAUGUACAUUGCACACAACACGAGACGACACAACACGUGCUUCGAAUGCUCAUACCCACGCUCAUACCCAAUAUACCCAGACCAGACCUAAUGUGCGGCAGGAUGUAGUAUGUAGGAUUCGCGGGAUGCUGCCAUUAGGUACCCUAUAGCGUGUUAUGGAUGAAUCGCUGUGCAUUAGGUGUCCGAGCACGGCCAUCAAUCCCACCCCGGUCCUCAAAAAAAUCUACACAU